AUGGUAGACCCUUACCUGAGACGGCAUGUAUGUCCUACUUGCUCUAAGGCCUUUGUCCUUGGCACCGACCUCAAGCGUCACCUUCUGAUUCACACGGGAGAGAAACCAUUCAAAUGCCCGCAUUGCCCUCAUCGUGCCAACCGAAAGGGCAACCUGCUUGUCCAUAUCAUGAAUAGGCAUGGAGAGCUGCCCAAGUGGAGCGCCAAAAGCAAUGUUGACAAGAGGUCAUCCUUGUUGCAGGGUGACCGAAGAGGGCCAGGCGGCAGCCUCAUUGAUGAGGUUGGGCUAACUGGUGUAAACUCUCGCUGGAGGCUCCUGAUGAACCCCAAAGCAACCUCUGAAGGACAGAAAACCGUUGACUGCAGAUAUUGCGGCAAACGCUUCACAGACUCGUCCAACCUGCGGCGGCAUGUCAUGAUACAUACGGGGGAGAAGCCGUACCAGUGUCCACAGUGUAGCCAUUCCUCUAAUAGGAAGGGGAACCUUGUGGCACACAUCAUGGCUGUGCAUCGAAAUGUGUCCGAGUUUGUGUCUGAUAAAUCUUAG